ACAGAUGCGCCUUUUUUGUCCUUUUCACUCCCACUGGCGCUCUGCAGAGGGAAGACCUUUACCUCGCCAAGUCGUGACCCAGGAGUAGCUCUGCUCAGCUCCUCCGCCCCUGCCCUUGGGGGUGGACAGCCCCAGGGGCCUCUUGCUACCCCCUCUAGGACUGACCCUCUGGUCCCUGCCAUCCUGGAACUAAUCUCCAGGGGUGUUCAGCCCCUUCCCUGUCCCCCGAUGGUGCAGGCGGGGUCCCUGGGGUCUCUCUGGAGGGCGCUGACAGCCUUAGUUUCCCCAGUCCUGUCCGGGGUGCUUCCCUUUUCCUGGGCAGGGCUUCCGUGGCGUCCCCUGGGCGGGCUACCCCCUCAAGCUGGGGAAGUGGCCAGUGUGCACACACCUCCCCAGCUUUAGAGAUGGGCAGAUGGGUGUCCGGUGCAGGCACUGGUCUGAGCAGGGGUUGGUUUGCCCCCCAGCUCCCAUGAGUCAUUGCCCUGUGUGGGCUUUGACCAGGGAGGCUGAUUCCAGUGGCUCCUGCAGGAGGUUGGGACGGAGGAGCUGAGCUGAGCAGGCCCUGCCCGCCAGGCCCUUCCUCCUAGCCUCAACAUGCAGCCCACCACCACUGCCACGGACACUGCCGCCACAGUCGCCCUGACGACCACCUGGGACAACGCCACAGGCCACCCCACUGUGGAGCCAGACCCCAUCCUGGACAACUAUGUGCUGCUGGUGGUGGUGAUGUCACUCUUCGUGGGGGGCACGCUUGUGGUGCUGUCGGGCGUGCUGCUGUUGUGCAAGCGCUGCUGGGACGUGCACCGGCGCUUCAACAGAGCCAUGGCAGAGGCAGAGAAGGUGACCACCACUUACCUGGACAAUGGCACGCACCCAGCCCCAGACCCUGACUGCAGGGGCGAUGACCCCGAGAGCCAGGAAGCCGAGACCGAGCACUUCCUGUGUGCCAGCUCCACGGGGCGCCGAGUCUCCUUCAACGAGGCGGCCCUCUUUGAGCAGAGCCGGAAGGCACAGGACAAGGGCCGUCGGUAUACACUGACAGAGGGCGACUUCCACCAUCUGAAGAACGCUCGCCUCACCCACCUGCACCUGCCACCCCUCAAGAUUGUCACCAUCCACGAGUGUGACUCGGGGGAGGCCAGUGCGGCCGCCACACCCCAUCCCGCUGCUCCCCCCAAGGCCAGCCUCGCCAUAUUCCAGCCCCCGGGGAAGGCCCUCACCGGCCGCUCCGUGGGCCCCAGCUCCGCCCUGCCAGGUGACCCCUACAACUCGGCCACGGGCACCACUGACUUCCAGAUCAGCCCCUCGCCGUCCAGUGACUCCGGGGAAGGCACUUCGUUGGACAUGGGUGCCAGGAGCAUGAAGCCUGGUGGGCUGGGGGCUGUGGCGGGGCCCAGAGACAUGGGCCCAGGCUCUGGGGCACUCCCUGUCCUGCAGUUCUUCACCCGCCUGCGCAGACAUGCCAGCCUGGAUGGGGCCAGCCCCUACUUCAAGGUCAAGAAAUGGAAGCUGGAGCCCAGCCAGCGGGCAUCCAGUCUGGACACCAGAGGCUCCCCGAAGCGGCACCACUUCCAGCGGCAGCGGGCAGCCAGCGAGAGCAUGGAGCAGGAGGGGGACGCCCCCCGGGUGGACUUCAUCCAGUACAUCAGCAGCACGGGCGACUCCACGGCCUUCUCACUCCCCCGCCCCUUUAUCGCCAGCCCCACCAGCCCGUCCCCCACUCUCGGCAGGCUAGGGACCUCAGAGGAAGCUGGCGCUGUGGGAGAAGCGAGCCCCGAGUCCCCCCCGCAGCGCGAUGGCGACGAGGGGCCUGAGCAGCAGGAGGAGUCUGAGGCGGGGCAAGAGCAGGCCCAGACCAUCUACCGCGACAUCUGGAGCCUGCGGGCCUCUCUGGAGCUGCACGCGGCUGCCACCUCGGACCACAGCAGCAGUGGCAACGACAGAGACUCAGUGCGCAGCGGCGACAGCUCAGGCUCCGGCUCCGGGGGCCCCGCGCCCACUUUCCCACCACCCUCGCCGCCGCCCACGCCGCGGGCCACGGAUGGCGAGACGAGCGGGCCACGGAAGCUGCUGCAGAUGGACAGCGGCUAUGCCAGCAUCGAGGGCCGCGGCGCGGGCGAGGACGGGCCUCCCGGCACCUCUGAGGAGCGCUUCUCCUUUCCUGGCGCGGGCCACGUGGCCACUGUGGGCGGCAGCUUCGAGGGGACGCCGGCCGACGCACCUGCCAGGCCCCACAGCCCGCGCGCCUGGCCCCGCCGCCCGCGCCGUGACUACAGCAUCGACGAAAAGACCGACGCCCUCUUCCACGAAUUCCUGCGCCACGACCCCCACUUCGACGACGCCCCUCAGGCUCGCCAUCGCACACGCGCACACCCGCACACUCGCAAGCAGUGGCAGCGUGGCCGGCAGCACAGCGACCCCGGCUCGCGAGCCACUGCGCCGGGUCCGGCCCUGCCCGGCUCUGCCCCCCGCCCGGUGCGCGCACCCCUGCGCCGCGGCGACAGUGUCGACUGCCCACCCGACCGUGCGGCCGACGACCCAGCGGGAAGCACUGCCCCGGCCAUCCCUGUCAUCGAGGAGGAGCCUGGUGGGACCAGCAGCUGCCCGGGCUCAGGCUUGUGCGCCAGGCCUCCAGGGGCACUUCUGGACAAGCUGGUGGCCCACCUGGACGAUGGACUCUUCCCGCCGAGUGUCACCCAGCCAGUCGCCGCGGUCCCUGCACUGGCGGCCGCUGCGCCCACAUCCCCUGACCACAGCCCGGUCUAAGCCCUGCAACCACUGCUUGCAAGUCAGCCUCUCUGGCCCGUGCGGCGUGGGAUCCCCAAGGCAGGGCAUGGCUGGGGGCAUGGCUGGGACACCUGGACCGCCCCCAGGUGUGCUGGCGCAGACCCCUCCGGCAGUUGGCUGGAUCCCCACGGCAUCCCAAAGCUCCAGGACCCAGGCUGAACUGGAGGGAGGGCGGUGGAGUGUCCUCGUCAGGCUCCUGCGCACCACAUGCAGUGCCCAUGGCCUCAGCGGCCUCUGGGUGGUGGCAGGAGCCCUGGUGAGCAUCCCCCAGGUCCUGCACACGAUGUGCCCUGAAGGAUCAAUGGGCCUGACUACCCCGGGCGCAAGCACCUGCGCAGCGCUCGCUCCCAGGGCCGAUAGAUCCUCAAGUCACAGCUGGCCUGGGUGCCAAGGCUCGGACACUGAGCCCACAGAAGCAGGCGCUGAGGAUCAGUGGGUGACAAGUGGGCCAGCCCUGGUUGGGCGAUUGGCCAGGGGCUGAGGCCACCCAUCCCCAGAAGCCGUUUACCUCAUGCAGCGUGUGCCCUCGGCAGUCUACACCCUCGAGCAAUAACCAGGCUCUCCUUGCUGCCGCUGCCAUCGCGGCCGCCACUGCUGCCGCCACUGCCCUCAACCCCGGAGGGCCCCUCCAGGUGUCCACGUGCUAGCGCCCGCCCUCCGCAUGUCGGUGACCAGGCUGCCCCCGCAGCCGCAUGUCCAGUCCAAAGAGCCACCAGGACUCAUCAGUGUCUGAGACUUACACAAAACCCAGAAGGCCAAGGUUUCAAGUUUCCCAAGCUUUAUUUAUUGCCAAAAGAGGGGGCCACCCUCACUGGCAGCCAAGUCACCCUGCCCCACCCCUCAAAGCUUCAUGCCAUCUGUGUACCAUUCAGUGAUGGAGUUUUCUCUCGUGUUUUGUUUUCUGGUUCAUUAUAAAUAUUUACUGCAC